GCUAUAAGUUGCAAUGUAUGCUGAUAGAGGACUACUCGUAGAUAAUUAGGCGAAAAAUCGAUCAGGCUCUCAGAAGCACUUUCGAUUAGCAAACACAGCGAGAUAGGUUUAAUUAGUUGAACAAACGCGCUGUGUGCCACCCGCAUAAAAAUAAAAAAGCAGCCACCGCGCAUUAGCCCUCGGUGUGUGUUUGUGUCAAAGGCCACGUGCAUCAGCGUGCGGUGGUGAGCGAGCGAGUAGCCCGCAUGCCCAUCACUAUUGAUUCUCGGCUGCGAGCGCAAGAUGAUUGUGAAACGCUGGCUGCCGUAAUGGCAUCACUUGUGGCACAACAUCCCAGGUUCUGCUGAUCGGAAAUUUCCAAUAAACAAGUACGAUUUGGCGCCCGAAUGUGCAGAAUGGCGUCGUGAGCCGAAUCAGCAGCUUUCAAGAUCCUGCUUGCUCAGGUUGCGAAAAAUGGCGAGCCCCGACGUGUACGAAAUGUCCCAUCGGAGCCGGGGCUACCGACAGCGGCCCCACACGGCCCCGACGGCCUCCUACUCGUUCGACUCCGAGUACUCGACGGCCAGCAACACGCCACGACCCUCCAUCUACACAAUCAGCAGAAGCGUUGUUUUCGACGACAGCAUAUGGCAAGGAGGGUGUUCGGAAACCAUAAAUCCAGUUUCGAGGAGAAGAUACGCCAUCCCUAGAGGAGUUGCAAGGCUGGUGAGGAACCUUUCGGGGAGGAGACGGAGAGAAGCGGUGCCCUUGAGACCAAGAUCGGCGCCCUUUAGCAUAGCCCCUCAAAAUGAGGACAACACGGUUCGCUUGGCGAAACUGUCGGUUCAGAAGUUGCAACCGAAAAAGGCAGCACCGAAUUUGUCCACCAAAGUGGCCCCCAGUCAAAGUACGGACCUGAUCAACAGCAUCGCCAAAUCAACCAUAUCACUCGAUGACCCCACCAUGAUGAGCAACACCGGCUACUGCUGGAAGAGAAACAUAGAUCCUCAGAGUCAUUCUUAUAUUGGCUGGCUGAGUCUAGUGGCCAUGGCUUGUCUGUACAACUGCUGGGUCAUCCCCCUCCGCUGCGUCUUUCCAUAUCAAACCCCUGAAAACACCCCCAUCUGGUUGACCGUGGACUUUUGCGCCGACAUCAUCUAUGUGAUCGACAUGGCCUUCGUUCAGCCGAGGGUCAUGUUCAUUAGCCAGGGUCUUUGGGUCAACGACCGCAGCCAAAUGAGGAGAAACUACCUCACCAAGAUCGAGUUCAAGUUGGACGUUUUGUCCCUCAUCCCGCUAGAUUUGCUCUACUUUUGGCUUGGGACGGACACGCCGUGGUUGAGAUUGCCUCGGUUUUUUAAAGUUCACGCAUUUUGGGAAUUCUUCUCCAGACUCGAGUCGGUUUUGGCCUCGCCCCAUUUGGUCAGAGUGGCUCGCACGGUGCUCAACAUGCUCUACAUGGUGCACCUGAACGCUUGUGCCUAUUACGCCUUCUCCGACUGGGAGGGCCUCGGUUCGAACCGCUGGACGAUUUCCGGCAUCGGAAAUGUAUACGUCCGCGCCUUCUAUUUUGCCACCAAGACGGCAACCUCCAUCGGCAAAAACCCAAAACCCGAAAACGAAAAGGAAUACGUUUUCAUGACCGUCAGCUGGCUAAUGGGGGUGUUUGUCUUUGCCUUGCUGAUUGGUCAGGUUCGAGACAUCAUCGCAACGGCCACAAGGGGUGAAACCGAGUACCGCAGGUUGCUGGACCAGAUGCUGCAGUACAUGAGCCGACUCAACUUGCCCCAUGAACUGCAGUGCAAGGUCAAACUCUGGCUCACCUACACCUGGCAAGAACAGAAAACCCUAGACGAGAGUGCAAUUUUGGAAUCGUUGCCGCCGAAAAUGAAGACCGACAUCGCCUUGAACGUGCACAUUUCCACUUUGGACAAGGUGCAGCUAUUCAGCGACUGCGACGCAGCACUGAUCAGAGAUUUGGUGCUGAAACUGAGGCCUGUAAUAUACCUGCCUGGAGAUUAUGUGUGUAGAAAGGGAGAAGUUGGAAAGGAGAUGUACAUUGUGAAAACAGGUGUGAUACAAGUUGUUGCGGACAACGGAGAAAUGCUGGCAACUUUGCGAGAGGGCUCCGUGUUUGGCGAAAUUAGUUUGCUGAGUUUGGCCGGCGGCAAUAGAAGAACGGCUGACGUCAGAUCUCAAGGGUAUUCAAAUUUAUUUGUUCUGAGCAAGGCCGAUUUGAACGAAGCCAUCCAACAUUACCCCGAAGCACAAGAAAUUUUACGCAAAAAGGCCGAAGGUCUAGUAGCUCAAAACGCAGAGCGCGAGAGACAGAGAGAGUUGCAGGGUUCAAGCACAAGUGGUCUCGGCGGAAACUCCUCCCCUAACUUGUCACGGAUUGGAGAAUCAAAAUUCUCAAUUCUGUCAACCCCCAGUCACAAAACCGUCGUCACCCUGCACGCCGAGAAGUAAAAGAAAAUAAUGUGCCUGACUUUGAAAAAGAGACCGAUUUUCGUUCCGAAUUGCAUUGCCGGUUGGAGCAAUUUGAUCUUUUUUUAUUACUUUAAAUAUGUAUAUAAUUAUUGGCCACCUACUUUCUCACGCAGUCGCCUUCUGCAGCAACUUCUGCUGCUGCAGCUUGAAGUUCAGCUUCGCUCUAGUCCUUGACAUGGCCUCCCUUUCUUCGGCUAUCAGCCGGCACAGAUUGUCUCGUUGUUGCUGUAAAUGGGACCACGGUUAGAUACAUUUUUAUAAAUACAAAAAAAUAUCACGAUCUCAACACCAACUUGGGAGAAGAAACCGUUUUACAACUUUUAAUGGUAAAUAUACUAAUACAAGACCAAUCCUAAAUUGAAACGUUUUAAGAAAACUGCUUUAACUAGAAUGUAAUUUUAGUUUUAGUUCUUCCAGCAGUUUCGCAAUCCCUCCUCUGAGAAAUUGUUAUAGGCAAAUAUUUCUAAUUUUAUCAACUUGUUACUGAAAAUAAAUUGUAGCUUGCAAGAACAUGUUUAGAUAUUUUAAAAUAAAAAGCAAAUGUGCAC